AUGGCCACGUCCGCCCGAUCGCUGCUCGCGCUAAGCGCUCUCUCCGUUUCGGAACCACCAUUGUACAAAGAAUGCGUACCGCUCGUAGCUCAAUACUCGAAUUGUUCCAAAGAUAAUAUUUGCCUCGGCUGCACAGUGUGUGAUUGUGAUGUUAGUGGCAGGUGGAACUGUCACCAGGUCGAAAAAUGCAGACCAGAUCCCGAACAAAUUAUCGAUCGUGCUAUUUUGAGUUUCGUUAUGGAAAAUUUCUUAGAUGUUGACUUAAGCUUGAGUAGAAAAAAACGUUCAGCGUUCGCAAUCGCGGGGCACACUAAUGUUUCAAGUGAAGAUUAUUCUGAACAGCAAAAAGUCAGAGUUUCUUUCAAUACAACUCCAAUCCUAUCUAUAAAUGCAUCAGCAUUUGUGAAAUAUUUGACAAGAGGUGCUUACUAUCCAUUAGAUGCUAUCAUAAAAGCUAGAAACAAAGAGCUAAACGAUUUAUUAAAAAUAAGAGAUAACCUCUUAUCCUCCGUCAAAUUGUAUACGGGAUUUGACUUGUCGAGUAUUGCAACACUCGGUUCUCAUAUGGAUCGAAAUAAGGACUUAAAUGAAUCCUACCGAUUGGAUAACGCGACCGGCUUUUUAAGACGAAAUACUCCAAUGUUGCUUAAAAAAUAUAAAAGCAAGUUACGACGCGAUAUUCACGAAGUCCUACGGGAUAUUACAGUCAUGAGGAAACUGUCAAAUUCAACGAUAAUUUCUCACGAAAUAAAGACCCUUAUUCGAAUCCUAAAUUAUUUGUAUAAAACAGAAUCGCAAACAAAAAAGAGAAUAAAAUCAAAAAGGAAAAAUUUAGGAAAGUGGCUCGAGGGUCUGAAAAGAAGGUCAACAAAUCCAAUUGUGAUGAUAAAUGUUAUUCUAAUGUUCUUGUAUGAAAAUGUAACGGAAGAUAAUGUUCUGGCUUCAUUGUCUAGUAACUCUAGGAAGGUGAUCAGACGCGUUGUAAACCAAUUUCAUGUAGACGAAUUUGCUCAUGUUAACGUCAAGCGUAAGGAAAAUCUAACAGAGCUUCUUAGAAGUAUAGAAAUUAAGUGGAAAGUCAAAUGCACAGUGUCCCAGACGAACAAACCAUCGCAGUUGUUAUUUAAAUUGAAAUUAUUGCAUUUCGAUCUCUCAGCGGGAAUAGCUAAGCUGAAUGAUAUAAUUACAUUGGCCCAGUUUGCUGAACGGCGGCGAAUGAAUUUAUUAAACGACCCCAACACAGAGAAGACUCUCGCCAAUGUCCUGAAUGAUUUAAAUCAGAUACACAAAAGCAUGCGGCAGUUUUCCCAAAGUACUAAGCUGCAAGAAAAAUCUUUAUCAUCGAUUCCUCGGCCUAAUAAAAAGAAGAGCUUCUUUCAAAAAGUCAAAAGUUUACUGAAGAAAUCUAAGCAAGAUGUAAAAGGUUUAAUAAAGAAACGAGUUUCAAAAUCAGGAUCAUCUAAGAAUAAAUCUACCGAAUAUGAAGCUAUUAUGCAGAGGUGGCAGAAUAAUCUUAAUAUUUUGCCCCGCAGUAAGAGGUCUCCCAACGAAUUUAGGAAGUUUGUCAAUCGCGUGAAGAACAUAAUUCCUGGAUAUUUGCACAACAAACUAAAACCAGCAGUCGAGAAGAAGAGAGGUAGAAGAACUACGCGAAGCAAACGAAGACAUCACCGUGGUCAGGUUAAUUCAAGUAAACAAAUUCGACACCAAACAGAGACAACUAAGAAGACUGUUGUACUUAAUCAUGAUAAAAAACCUGAGUGUUUAAACAUCUUAUAA